AUGAGGGUCACUACGGCAACGCAAAAGGAUCGUUUCUCAAAACCAGAGACUACUGGUGGGUCGGUGGAGAAGACAGUGAUUCUGCUUAAAGAGAAAGCAGAAAGAGGAGAUUCACAAGCCGCCUUCCUCCUGGGACAGUUACACUACGAGGAGGGCCGCUACGCAGAAGCAGAGAUCAUCUUUGAUGGCAUUAAAGAUGAAGAUCCUCGAGCUCUGUAUCAGCUGGCUGUCAUAUAUUACGAUGGCCUUGGAACCAAAGAAGACCUUAGCAAAGCAAUUGAGUAUAUGAGAGCAGUUGCAUUCUGGGAUUCGUCUGAAGUGGGCUGUAUCAGAUACGCAGCACUGUAUAACCUGGGCCGGUCGUAUCUGGAGGGUUUUGGUGUCGAGGCAUCCAGAGCUGAAGCAGAGCGGCUUUGGCUCCUGGCAGCUGAUGAUGGAAACCCGAACGCUAGUGUGAAAGCGCAGUCAUCUCUGGGCAUGUUUUACUGCAGACCGGAGACUCUGGACCUCAGAAAGGCGUUCUUGUGGCACUCGGAGGCGUGUGGUAACGGCAGUCUGGAGUCUCAGGGCGCUCUGGGCGUCAUGUAUCUGUACGGUCACGGCGUGCAGAAGGACCCCGACGCUGCCCUGUUCUGCCUGAAGGAGGCGGCAGAGAGAGGAAACGUUUACGCUCAGGGUCACCUGACGGCCUGCUACUACCACAGGAAGCUCUACUCCAGAGCAGCCGCACUGGGAGAGAGAGUGUCCGGAUACGAGGACAUCAGUGCCAUAGCACGGCACACGGACUGUCUGGAGGAGUACAUCAGGAAGGGCAUCGCUAUAGCCAUGUUUUACUACGCACGCUGCCUUCAGCUGGGCCGAGGCGUCCUGAAGAACAGAGACAGAGUGAAGAGCUACUUCACACAGGCUGCCAGGAUCGAUCCAGAGAUCUGCAAGGAGCUACAAAUGGACGUGGUGCACGGCAGGAUAUAAAUCACACAUACAACAGC